AUGGUCGCUGACAAUCCAGCGUCUACCCUUCCACUCACUCCACCCUCUCCACUACUACCUUCUCCUCUACUCUCCUACACCCUCCUCACCUCACCUCACCUCACCUCACUUCACCUCUCCACCUCUCCCCUCCUUAUCUACUCCUACAUCUCACACAGGCAUCCCUCCCCUGUGCCUCCACUCCUGCCACCUUACACCCUUCGCCAAUAUACCACCCACAGAAUUUAA